UAUCAUAUCUGCGACCUGUCUCGCUGGUCGUGUUCUAGGACGGCUGUAGCACCUAUUUUCCUUUCGUUGUUGUAUUGAAUCGGGCCUAGCAAGCUUCGCCCAACACAUCCCCGGUUGAUGUGGGGGAAGGGGCGAACAUAGCCGAACGAAGAAAAAAAGCUUUUGGAAUUUAUCCGAGGACUUGGGAAGAAAGGCCCAAGCUCGCGAAACCAUGGUCGACGCCCUUUCCAAAGAACUAGGCCUGGACCACCCGGCACAACAACAUGGUGCUGGCACGAAUCAGCAUCUUCAAGAACAGGCCCAUCAAUACGGUGAAAAGGAGCAUGACACGAUACGAGACAGAGAGGCGUUUGCCAGUGAAAAGCACUAUGAAAGACCUCGGAUAUCAACCGACUCUUACGGUCUGCAACGCACAGCCUCUGGUGUCAACGUUGAACAGGCGGAGAAGGACUUUGCGGAACUGAGCAGAGAACUGAGUGCCAUCAGCCGUCGAAUCUCCCGGACGCACUCGAAGGCCUCCAACGCCCGGGCGAGGGAUGUGGAGAAGGCGAUCAGCUCGUCUGAUGAGACUUCAGAAGACACCUUUGACUUGGAAUCCACGCUGCGCGGCGCGAGGGAGGCGGACAAUGCUGCAGGCAUCAAGCCCAAGUAUAUCGGCGUGAUCUGGGACCACCUCACCGUCCGCGGUAUUGGUGGUAUCAAGAACUUUGUCAAGGUCUUCCCCGAUGCCUUCGUCGACUUUUUCAACGUGCCGGGGACGAUUAUGAGCAUCCUCGGAAUGGGCAAAAAGGGUCGCGAGUUCAACAUCUUGCACAGCUUCCGGGGCGUUGCAAAACCGGGCGAAAUGGUGCUUGUUCUGGGCCGACCUGGAAGCGGCUGUACCACCUUCCUGAAAGUACUGGCCAACCAACGAUAUGGUUAUACGGGCAUAGAUGGAGAGGUUCUUUACGGCCCCUUUGACGCUGCGACUUUCGAGAAGCUCUACCGUGGCGAGGCAGUCUACAACCAGGAGGACGAUGUACAUCAUCCCACGCUGACAGUGGGCCAAACGCUCGGAUUUGCACUUGACACGAAAACGCCCGGCAAACGCCCCCAAGGCCUGAGCAAAGCCGAGUUCAAGGACAGGGUGAUCCGACUAUUACUGAAAAUGUUCAAUAUCGAGCACACAAUCAACACCAUCGUCGGCAACCCCUUCAUGCGCGGCGUUUCUGGCGGAGAAAGAAAGAGAGUGUCGAUCGCUGAGAUGAUGGUGACUCGAGCCACCGUCUGUUGUUGGGAUAACAGCACCCGCGGUCUUGAUGCGUCGACUGCCCUCGAUUACGCCAAAUCCUUGCGAAUCAUGACCAACAUCUACAAAACAACGACUUUCGUUUCGCUUUAUCAGGCAUCUGAGAACAUCUACAGUCAGUUCGACAAGGUCAUCGUGAUCGAUCAAGGAAGACAAGUCUUCUUCGGUCCUGCGAAGGAAGCGAGGGCGUAUUUUGAAGGGUUGGGUUUCCUGGAGAAGCCUCGUCAGACAACGCCCGACUACCUGACUGGAUGUACCGACGAGUUUGAGCGAGAAUAUAAGCCAGGCAGAUCUCCUGAAAACGCGCCGUCGACACCCGACUCCUUUGUGGAUGCUUUCAACAAAUCCACCUUUGCUGAGAAGCUCGAGAAAGAAAUGGCCGACUAUCGAGAAUCGAUCAAAGAAGAAAAGCAGAUCUACGAUGAUUUCGUGGCGGCACACCGCGAGGCCAAGCGCAAACACACCCCCAAAAACUCGGUAUACUCGGUUCCGUUCCACUUGCAGAUCUGGGCCUUGAUGCAACGACAAUUCCUGAUCAAAUGGCAAGACAAGUUUUCUCUGGCGGUUUCGUGGAUCACGUCCCUUACCAUUGCGAUUGUCGUCGGUACUGUCUGGUUGAAUCAGCCCAAAACUUCUGCGGGAGCGUUUACUCGGGGCGGUGUCCUCUUCAUUGCUCUGCUCUUCAAUGCAUUCCAGGCGUUUUCGGAACUUGCGUCUACUAUGCUCGGACGGCCGAUUGUGAACAAGCAUCGGGCGUACACGUUCCACCGACCCGGCGCUUUGUGGCUUGCACAAAUUCUCGUUGAUCUGGCAUUUGCGUCCGUCCAGAUCUUCGUCUUCAGCGUCAUUGUGUACUUCAUGACGGGGCUAGUGCGGACUCCAGGCGCGUUCUUUACGUUCGUGCUCAUCAUUAUCACGGGAUAUCUUUCGAUGACAUUGUUCUUUCGAACAAUUGGUUGUCUAUGUCCGGAUUUCGACUACGCCAUCAAGUUCGCUGCGGUCAUCAUCACCUUGUUCGUCAUCACUUCUGGCUAUAUCAUCCAGUAUCAAAGCCAGCAAGUGUGGUUAAGGUGGAUAUUUUACAUCAAUGCCCUCGGUCUCGGGUUCGCAGCGAUGAUGAUGAACGAGUUCAUGCGACUGACAAUGCGCUGUACCGAUGAGUCCCUAAUACCUUCCGGGCCUGGAUACAAUAAUAUUGACCACCAAGUCUGCACCCUCCCGGGUUCUCAAGCUGGAUCGAUCGAGGUAUCGGGCACCGCCUAUGUUAAAAAGGGCUUUUCGUAUGACCCAUCGGAUCUCUGGCGCAACUUUGGCAUCAUUGUCGUGCUGAUUGCGUUCUUCCUCUUCACCAACGUUAUGCUCGGAGAGUCUAUCAAAUAUGGCGCAGGCGGCCGCACGGUCACGUACUUCACCAAGGAAAACAAAGAAAGAAAAGCCCUGAAUGAGAAACUGCAGGAACGCAAACGACGGCGACAAACAAAACAAGAUGCCGAGGACAGCUCGGAGCUCAACAUCACGUCAAAGGCGGUGUUGACAUGGGAGAAUCUCACCUACGACGUUCCCACUCCCGCCGGGCAACUGCGGCUGCUGAAGGAUGUCUUCGGAUACGUACGUCCAGGACAACUAACGGCUUUGAUGGGCGCUAGCGGCGCCGGAAAGACGACGUUACUUGAUGUUCUUGCUUCUCGAAAGAAUAUUGGCGUGAUUGGCGGAGAUAUCCUGGUUGAUGGUCAAAAGCCAGGCAUUGGGUUUCAGAGAGGUACCUCAUACGCCGAGCAGCUCGAUGUCCACGAGUCGACCCAAACGGUCCGGGAAGCUCUACGAUUCAGCGCCGAUCUUCGCCAGCCAUACGAAGUGCCCAGGGAACAGAAGUACGCCUACGUGGAGGAGGUUCUUUGCCUGCUCGAACUCGAGAACCUUGCGGAUGCGAUCAUCGGCAGCCCUGAAAGCGGUCUUUCAGUUGAGGAGCGAAAGAGAGUGACCAUCGGAGUUGAACUCGCCGCGAAGCCUCAGUUGUUGCUCUUCCUCGACGAACCCACUUCCGGUCUCGAUUCACAAUCUGCAUUCAACAUUGUCCGCUUCCUCCGCAAGCUGUCUGCCGCGGGGCAGGCAAUUCUCUGCACCAUCCAUCAACCCAACAGCGCGUUGUUUGAGAACUUCGACCGGCUUCUUCUGCUACAAAAGGGUGGAGAGACCGUCUACUUUGGAGACAUCGGCAAAGACGCACACGUUCUUUUGGGUUAUUUCCACAAAUACGGCGCCGACUGCCCUCCUGAUGCAAACCCGGCGGAAUGGAUGCUGGACGCCAUCGGAGCAGGCAUUGCACCUCGCAUCGGCGAGAAGGACUGGGGCGAUAUUUGGCGCGAAAGUGACGAGCUCGCGACGGUCAAGGCCGAGAUCGUCGACAUGAAAGCCCAACGCCAACGCCAAGUCGCCAAUGAACCGAAGUUGGAUGAGAGAGAAUACGCCUCCCCGCUGUGGCAUCAAAUCAAAGUCGUGUCCAAGCGGACACAUUUGGCAUUCUGGCGCUCGCCGAACUAUGGUUUCACCAGGCUGUUCAACCACGUGGCCAUCGCGCUGCUCUCGGGGUUGGCAUUCUUGCAGCUCGACGACAGUCGGUCCAGCUUGCAGUACCGGGUCUUCGUCAUCUUUCAGGUCACCAUCAUCCCGGCCCUGAUAUUGGCGCAGGUGGAACCCAUGUACGACCUGUCCCGACUCAUCUUCUACCGCGAAUCCGCGGCGAAGGCGUACAGCCAAUUCCCGUUCGCGUUUGCCAUGGUCUGCGCCGAGAUGCCAUACAGCCUUCUCUGUACCGUCGGGUUCUUCAUCCCGAUCUACUACUUGCCCGGAUUCAACAACGACAGUUCGAGGGCGGGAUAUCAGUUCUUCAUGGUGCUCAUCACCGAGUUGUUCUCCGUGACCAUGGGCCAGAUGAUCGCCGCCAUCACGCCGUCAAGCUUCAUCUCCAGCCUGAUCAACCCGUUCAUCGUCAUCACCUUUGCACUGUUCUGCGGCGUCACGAUCCCCAAGCCACAGAUCCCCGGAUUUUGGCGUGCCUGGCUAUACCAACUCGACCCCUUCACGCGUUUGGUGUCGGGGAUGGUGACCACGGAACUCCACGGGCAGGCCGUGGUCUGCAAGUCCUCGGAGCUCAACCCGUUCCCUUCACCCGCCGGGGAGGACUGUGGAGAGUACAUGCGCAACUUCUUCGAACGCGGAGGGGCAGGCUACAUUGUCAACAAUGUCAGCGACGUGUGUCAGUAUUGUGCCUACAAGAUUGGCGAUCAGUUCUACGAGCCCCUGCAGCUGAGUUUCAACCACCGCUGGAGGGAUCUCGGCAUCUUUGCGGCCUUUAUUGCGAGCAACCUGAUCUUGCUGUUCCUGGGGUCGAGGUAUCUGAAUUUCAACAGACGAUAGAGUCCGCCGUGUGGAUGGGAAGGUGGGAAUAUGGAGUGUGCUAGACAGGAAAGGAUAAUCCUCUGCGGGCAUGAAAAAGGGGGACGAGGUAGCUCGCCGCUGUAUGUAGUAUGUAGUUGUGAAAUAAGGCCACGAGAGGACAGUGUACCCAUGAGCACCAUUGAGCGUUGAUUUUGGAGGAUAGAAAAAAGAGAGGCCAACGAAUACAAAACCAGAUAGAACUCCGCCUCAUUUAUCAUUGUAAUGCUUUGUAAAUCCCAAUUGCUCAUGCUGUUGUAACCCGA